AACAAAAUUGCAAAGCAAAUGCCAAAAAUAGCAAAUGAAUUUUUUUAAAAUAUAAUUGAUAAAAUCAAACAGCAACUUAUAGAUAAAAUUGAUAAAUUGCAUGCAGUUUGCACGCCAAUUAAGGCCCCGCAUGACAAAUCUUGCCCAUAUAGAAGUUACUUAAGAGGUCAAGGCGCGAACCACAACAAUCUGGCGGUGCUUUAAAAUUAUCGUCGCACAAAUUAGGAUAAAUUAGCUUAGCUGUUAAGUCACAUAGGGCAAAAUCUGGUGCAUUUUGCGUUUGUUUGCUGUGCGAACCGGUUGAUAAGUAAUAGGUGUCAGCCGAUCUGUUGAGUGAAGCACCAUCCAGUUCAUUCAUAAAAACCACAAUGACCAGUGUGUGUAUUUUAACUAUAAUGAUUUUUAUUCUUAUACAAUUUGUUUGGGUUACUGAGGAGUAUAGCCACUUUGAUCCUCAUAGAAGACCUAAAUUGAUGGGUGAAAUCCUCCCGUUCAAAUCGAUCACCCCUGAAAGGCAAAGGGUCCGCAAUAAGAUCGUGAUGUACCAUAAUUAUUUUAGGUCUAAAGUGGAGCCGAAGGCCAGUAAUAUGUUGAAAAUGAAGUGGCACAAAGGAGCAGCAAGAGCGGCACAAAAAUGGGCAGAUAAAUGUCAGUUUUUAGUGCACGAUGGAGUAGUGGGACGCCGUAUUGACGGAUAUGGGUCCUGUGGACAAAAUAUUUUUAUUGCGACCACCAGAGUACCUUGGCUAUUCGCAAUAGAAACCUGGUGGCUCGAAAAAAAUAACUUUAAGUACGGUGGAAAGAACAAUAUGACUUUAACUGGCCACUAUACACAACUGGUAUGGGCGGCUACCCAUGAGGUCGGAUGCGGUCUGGCAAAAUGUUAUUUUAGACAUCCGGAGGCCAAAGAAACAGAGGCAAAAGCAAGAGUGUUUUACAACUAUGUUUGCAACUAUUGUCCAAUAGGUAAUCGUCCAGGCAAAAUGUCACAUCCCUAUAAACUGGGUAACCCAUGCAGUGCCUGCAAGAAGAAUUGCAGUAAAAAAUUGUGUUCGAAUGCAUGCGAUGUGGCAGACGUUUGGGCUAAUUGUAAGGAAUUGUACAAGAUUCAUCCGAUGUGGCUAUGUAGGACUCAUACGCCUAAGGGUAGGCAAAGGGCGCAACAUUGUAAGGCGACAUGUACUUGUAGAAAUAAAAUUUUCGAUUAGAA